AUGCAAAAUCCUUCGCUUCAGCGCACAUUUCGGGGUCAUAAGCUGGCGGUCACUGAUGUGAGCUUCCAUCCAAAUGUACAGCAAGUAGCUUCAAGUUCAUUAGACAGUCUCGUACUAGUAUGGAAUUUUCGACCACAAUUGCGGACAUUUCGUUACAAGGGUCAUACGGGACCUGUUCAUGCUGUCUGUUUUUCACCGACAGGAGACGUUUUAGCUUCAGCUAGUCAAGACCGUACUGUACGCCUCUGGACGCCUACUAUAAAAGGUGAUUCAAUCACGAUCAAGGCUCAUGCUAGCGCUGUGCGAAGUGUGAGCUUUUCGAGCUCAGGACGCGAGUUAUUGACAGCGUCUGAUGAUAUGUCGCUUAAGGUCUGGACACUACCUACUCGACGUUUUCGAUGUAGUCUCACUGGCCAUAGUAAUUGGGUUCGUAGUGCUCAAUUUAGUUAUGAUGCUCGACGAAUUGCAUCAGGAAGUGAUGAUAAAACAGUUCGAGUUUGGGAUACUGAAACCAAAAGGUGUCUUACAACGUUUUACGAACACGCUGGCAUUGUCAAUCGUGUAGCUUUUCAUCCCAAUGAUAAUGGGUUUACUCUAGCAUCAUGUAGUUACGAUAAGAGUGUCAAUUUGUAUGAUACAAGGGCAGGACGACUCGUGCAACAUUACAAAGCACACGAGGCCAAUGUCACAUGUGUCGCAUUCCACCCAACGGGUAAUUACUUGGUCUCGACAUCGCAUGAUCACUCGGUAAAAUUAUGGGAUUUAAGAGAAGGUCAAGUCUUGUAUACGUUGCAAGGACAUGAUGGAGCUGUAAAUUGUGCAGAGUUCUCACAAAAUGCUAAAUUGCUAGCAUCAGGAGCAGGUGACUCGUGUGUACUGGUUUGGGAGGCCGAUCUGGAUAAAUAUUUACACUUUCCAGGCUCAAGAGCCCAAGCCAAUCCUGUGAAUGAAAAGCACAUAAUUGGAACUAAGAAAGUUGGUAGUUGUGAUAGUGAGGCAAUACCAGCACAGUCACCACCACCGACACCGACAUCGGUGCCAGUGCCAACCCCACAACUGAAACCACAAUAUCCGUACGCAGCAUCCAAGUAUGAAGUGCAGCCGAUACGCUCAGAGAGUCGGUCAACAGUGGAGUUGUCGCCUCCUUCAAUGUCUGUUGGGACUUUACAAUCACCGAGUGAAGUCAAAUCGUCGACGAGCUCGAACGGUUUGGACUCGAAUCGACAGGAUUCCAUGAGUAGCACGUUAGAUCAUAUUGUUGGGCAAUUGGAGAACAUCACACGAACAUUGUCAGUGUUGGAGCAGCGGAUCAUUGUCAAUGAGGAGCGAAUCAAAGAGAUUGCUACAGUACAGAGUCAAAUGCUAGAGCAACAGAAAUCGAGAUCGAGUCUUGAAUAA